AUGCCUUACACACCUCCGUCCCACCGUUCUCCCGCCUCCUCAGCCCCUCCCUCGCCCGAAGUCAGUCGAAGGUCCUCCUUCAACUCCCAGACCCCCACAUCGCCGAAGCCGGUUUUACCACGGUCUGCGUCUUAUCUCUCCAGACAUCGGCGGACACCUUCGGCAGGGAGCACGACGUCAGUGACACCGUCAGUGACACCUAGACCCUCAAAUGGACCGACUCCGGAUACCACCCCACCGGGGACAUCGGAUAACUUAAAGGGUAUGGUAUCAUCUCUUGCCACGCCGGUUAGGCAAUCCCCCCCUCCGGUUGCUGACGGGCAAACGAUGCCUCCAGGGGCUAUCAUCUCGCCCCCCGAGUCGUCUAGUGAAGAUGAAGGGACCCCGGAACCGGAGAAGCGGGGAAGGGAGAUCGAGAACAUUAAGGAAUUGAAAGAGGCUAUUAGCGCAAUACCUUUACACCGGGCACCAUCACCCGUGAGGUCUUCUCCAGGAGACCUAUUCCUACUUCCAUCUCAGGCCAAGAGCCUGAUCGGGGAAUCGCGGCAAUCGAUGCUUACUGCUAGCUUGCCUGCGCUUACCACCUCCGCCCGGAAGAUCUCUCACUCGAGGUCGAGCACGGACUCUCAUAUUUACAUGUCGAAGUCGGAAGAGAUAUCGAUUACUACAUCUGAGGAAGGGUCCGAGCAAGAUGAGCCUGUGAAGAAGCCGCAGAUGGUGCGGAAGAAGUCGGGUGAACUCGUGAGGCCGGCGUUACGGGCACAGAGGAGGCCCUCGAGCAUGCCAGGAACGCCGACCUUCUCGAAAGCUGUGCACUUCGAUUCGCACCUCGAACACGUGAGGCAUUUCCUGCAGGUUGAUCGGCCGCUUGCCGUCAGCGCUGGCUCUUCUCCGGUGGAGGCUUAUGAGAGCGAAACCGAGUACCCAUUUGGGUUUGAAGAGAAGGCUAGCCCGCGGUCGCCGCCGUUCGAGUGGGAAUUAGUUGUUCACAAAUUCCCUACAGACACUCCGAUUCGCAAGACUCUCCCUAUACGGGUGGAAAGAGUGUGGAUGUCUCCCGACCAGAAGUGUUUGAUAGGAUCGGUAGCGGUAGCCAAUCUGGCUUUCCAGAAAUCGGUUACUUGUAGAUUUACAUUCGAUUAUUGGAAGACGACUUCCGAAGUAGCUGCCGAGUAUCAUCACGAGAUUACCCGACCGCGAGGCGCCGAGGUCGGCCAUGACCGCUUCCAGUUCAGUCUGAAGCUAUCCGAUUUUGCCAACCUCGAAGCUAAGACUCUAUUCUUCUGCAUCCGAUAUAAUGUUAACUCCCUCGAAUAUUGGGAUAACAAUGACGGUCUCAACUUCCAAGUCGACUUCCGUAAGAAGAUGCUGCCUAUCAACGGCAAGAAGGGUGUCCAAACUGCCGCUUCUCGACCCGCAAACACUUUGCCGCGUAGCAACCGACGAGCUAACCCCUCGACGGCCGCGCGGCCGAAGUCUAUGCCCGUCGGCGCCUUGGACGACUUUGGACACGACUCGAAAUUUUCCAGUUUCGACAAGUCUCUUCAUGAGGUCCUCGGCGAGUCUGGGCCGGCUCUGCGUCUCAAGAAUUCGAAGUCGACUUCCAGUUUACCUAGUGAUAACCUGCCGAGUCGGUUGUCGGCCCCGAGUGGGCAGGCUUUUGCUAAUCGGUAUGACUUCGGCGCUUCGCUAAACGCUGCUAAGCAGGCUCGUCGGGAAUCGAGCCAGUACGGCGACGCUCUGUACAUGAAGCCUAAUAAGAAAGCCUCGGAAUCUCAGGCCAACCCGGCCCGUUACGUACCUUCGGCUCCUGCAGCAUCCGGCCCGCGAGCUCCUAUUACUCACGGUCCCGCCGGUCCGGCAUCGGCUUCGUACGAAGAGAUUCUGAACAAGUAUUGCUUUGUACGUACAUCCCGUGAUCGCUUGGCCUCUCGUCGAAAUGGGAACCACGCCCGGAGACAAGAAUUCAACGGUUCAAAGCAAUCCAGCCCUCAGCUGAAGGACGGAGCUAUGCGUACUGGUCGAUAUGACGGAGUGGAUUCGCCAUCUAAUGGCACGAACAGCAGUAACUCGAGCUCGAACGGCAGCCCCAGUGUAGCCGAUCAGCCGCGUCACCUUCAUCACCAGGAUACCGCGAUACACCACUCCCUACGACAGAACCUUGGCCCGUAUUUUGCCAACGGGUAUAUGCCAGCCAUCGGCGGUUCUCCAGCAGAAUCACCGCUGUCUCAACCGCCUCUGAGCUCACCUAAUUCGGGCACCCCAAAGGAUAAGGCAGCAUCCCCGGGAUCGAUGGCUGGCUUCUUUCCUCUUGCUGGUACUGGUACGUCCUCAAUCAGGCCCCCCGCCGACCUUGCUCCUUUCCACGCGCACUUUGUUCAAGAUCGUUUUCCGUUCGCGCCAGAGACUUAUACUGCGACAGCAAUAAGAGGUUGAGUAUCUCAACCGGGUUCUGACGAGGCAUCAUCUCGUCGAAGGCCAUCUCACCCGGGCCUUACGUUGGCACGAUUCUUCGCCGUUUCGGCCGACUUGGAUUUUCGCGAUUGCGUCGAACAGGCCUGUUGGAGCUUCAAACUGUCCAUAAUCUGCUCCACAGGCCUUACUUCGACGCCGAUAAUAGUUCAGCAUAUGUCGUCCGUUUCGCACUUGUUGUUUUGCCUCUCAAACUUUACGUCUGCACAUGGCAUGCAUCCUUCUGGUUACGGCGUCUCAAGAGAUAUGCAUCAAGGCGUUCUAUGCUUUUUAUGAUACCACCGAGCACACGAUACGGUUGG